AUGUCUGUGUUCGGCAUCGAUUUCGGUAACGCCAACUCCACGGUGGCCAUCACCCGCUACGGCGGUGUGGACAUCGUGACGAACGAGGUCAGCAAGCGCGAGACGACCACCAUUAUUUCUUUUCUCGACGAUGAGCGGUUUAUCGGUGAGCAGGGGCUGGACCGCUACGUCCGCAAUGCACAGAACACCGUCUUUUUGCUGAAGCGCUUCAUCGGCAUGCACAUGGACGACCCCCAGCUCUCUCAGGAGCUCAAGUUCCUGACGUGCAACAUCAUCGGCGACGAAAGCGGACGGCUCAUGUUCAGCGUCAACUACUGCGGAGAAGAGAAGUGCUUCUACCCGGAGCAGGUGCUGGCCAUGAUGCUGCAGCGGCUGCGCAGCUACGUCAACGAGGCUGCCACGACGGACCCACGCGUGAAGGCGGACGUGCGCGACUUCGUGAUCACCGUGCCGUGCUACUACACCGCGGAGCAGCGCCGCCUCAUGUACCAGGCGGCUGAGGUGGCGGGGCUGCACUGCAUGUCCCUCAUCAACGAGACAACUGCGUCAGCGGUGGACUACGGCAUUUUCCGCGGCGCCUCGCUGAAGGAGACGAUGGAAGAGGGGCAGGUGGUCGGCAUUCUGGACAUCGGAUAUGGCGCCACGGUUUUCUCCGUGUGCAAGUUCUGGCGCGGCAACUGCAAAAUCAUCGCCCGCACCUUCGACCGCAACACUGGCACUCGUGAGUGCGACUACCUCCUCUACCAGCACAUGCUAAAUGAGGUGCAGUCCCGCUACAAUGUCGACGUCUCGCAGAACAAGCGCGCUCGCCUGCGCCUGCUGCAGGCGUGCGAGCGGCUCAAAUACCUCUUGUCUGCGAACCAAUCGGCGCCGCUGAACGUCGAGAACUUGAUGGACAUCGACGUCAGUAUUCCAGUCUUCGAGCGUUCCACCAUGGAGUCGCUCUGCCAAGGUGUUCUCCAUUCCAUCAAGUCCGUGAUCGAGCGCGGCUUUGCCGAGGCGGGCGUCAACCGCGAGGACUUCCACUCCAUUGAGAUGAUCGGCGGUGGCUGCCGUAUUCCGAUGAUGAAGAGGCUGGUGGAGGAGGUGCUGGGCCGCGCGCCUAGCUUCACUUUGAACGCGUCUGAGUCUACGGCACGCGGGUGCGCGAUUGUGGCGGCCAUGCUUUCGCCGAAGUUCCAGGUACGCGAGUUCAAGGUAUCGGAGCUGCCAGCGUACCCGAUUCUGCUGGGCUACCACGCCGAGAACCCACGCUCCCCCAGCUCCGUGCCUUUCCUGCCGCAGGUGAACAAGGUCGUGAAGCUGCUGGGGGCGGCAGACAGCUACCCAAAGAAGCUGGACGUGCGCUUCCCGUGCUCGAGUGCGCCGAAGAUCUACGCCUUCUACGAUUACGAAAACGAGGUGGUUAAGGAGAUUGUGCAGCCGUGCAACUACAUCAUUGGUGAGUGGGAGAUGGGCUUGCCUUCGAAGGUGAAGGGUGCGGUGAACGAGAUGCGCGUCCGUAUCUGCAUCCGGCCGGAUGGUGUGGUGGAGGUGGAGAAGGCGGAGGCGAUCGACGUGUACGAGGUCGAGGAGGCGCCGGACGCUACCCCUGCCACCGAGAACGGUGAGGGACUGGGGAAGGAGAACGAGGAGGCGCCUGCCGAGCAGCCCAAGCCAUCCAAGCCGGUCAAGAAGACGAAGGAGGCUGCGGUUGUCGUGUCGGUGAAGCCGAACGUCGAGAUCCUUGGACACAGCGGCGAGUCUGUCGUGCUUUUCCGCAAGGCCGAGGUAGAGAUGUACGAGCGCGACUCCCGCAUCGUUCGCACGCGCAUAAAGAAGAACGAACUGGAGAGCUACAUCCUCGACUUUCGUCCUCGCUUCUCGUCGGGUGGCAUGCUGGCCGAGUACGCCGCGCCGAAUGCGGCGGCCAACUUUGUGCGCCAGUGCGAUGAGGAUGAACAGUGGCUCUACGAAGACGGCGAGUUCUCGACAUUUGAGGAGUACGAGCGCCGUGUACAGGCGCUGCGCGCCAUCGGCGACGCCGCGUACAACCGCCUUCGCACUCGCGAGGAUGUCGAGUUCGCGGCGAAGGAUAUUCACAGUCGCAUUAUGGCUGCCAGGCAGAAGGCGCUCGACUUCAUUGGUAAGAAGGAGCACAUCACCGAGGACGAGCUGAAGGAGGCUGCGGCCACCGCUGAGCAGGCGAAGGCGUGGGUGGACCAACAGGUUGCGGCGAUGCUGGCAGCUCCCAAGACGCAGGACCCGACGUUGUCGAAAGCGGACCUCGAGAAGAAGGCGUCGGAGGUGGAGCAGGGCAUCAGCAAAGUCAUGACGAAGCCGGCCCCACCGAAGCCAAAGGAGAGCAAGGAGCCGGAGAAUGCUGAGGAGGACGUGACAGCUGAGGCGGCGGCGGGUGCGGAGGCCGCGCCACAGAAGGAGGAUCCUGAGGAGGCAGUGCCUGCGCCCACAAACGAGCCGGAGAUCGAUUAA